AUGGUUCCUCUUCCUCUAUUCAAGUUUGCCGCUUUAUUCGUAAGGCAUAUUUCCAAAUAUGGCGCGAAUUGGAUCAAAGCUGAAGCCCAUGACCAUCCAAAAUUCCGUACAAUUGCGGCAAGAUAUGGGCAAACGAUGCAUCAGAUUAACAUGCGAAUGGCCGUGACGCUUCUUCGAGAUGCAGCAGCCGAAAAAAGAGCGAGGGAACGGGCCGAGGCUCCUACGGUCAAGACUGAGGAGCAGAUGCGCCAUGAUGAAGAGAAACACAAGGGAGUGAAUGCUUCACAAAGUGUAUGGAAACGGAAAUUCCGACCUCUUUCCGAAAGCAAGGCAGUCGACCUCUUCGCAGAUGUUAUUGGGGACUCGUUCAUUCUACUUAUUGCGAGUGGGUUGAUCCUGUACGAAAGCAUAAGAGCAAGAUCCAAACCAGACGCAAACGCCGAAAAGAUUACGCUUUUGGAUGAGAAGUUGCAGGAAUUAGACAUAAGAGAGAGAGAGUUGGAAGAAGCAGAGAAAAAACAGGAAACCCGCGUUGAGAUAUUGGAGCAAGCUCUAGAAGAAAUGAGAAAAGCUACUGGCAAGAAGAAGUUUCUUCAGCUAGCAUCAUAA